UGGGAGCGAAUUAAACUCGUAUCUCAAGUUUAUCUAACUUUACUUUUAGUAGGGUGAGCUUUUCGGAGAGUCAAAACACGUCACAGUUUUCCCAGCGCAUUGCUUUCACAUGAUUUUGCUGGAUUCACGCCAUCUUGUUUGACUUGACUGGAGCCGGACGGAAAGUUCGGGAUUGGACUCGUCCCAUCGCAUUCGGGACAGGUGUCGCAGGUGCGCACGUACCUCGCUCUUUUGAGCACAAGUGACACUUUUAUCCCUAUUUUGCCGGCAGAAGAGGAAGCGUCUCAGCGCGUUCCGGGUAACAUUUAGCACUCGGCGGAAGCAUGAAUAUGUUUCGGAAAGAAAAAGGCUCAGCGGCGACGCCGACGCUACCGCCGCGGCCCAGCAAACAGGCCGGGACGGACGAAAGUGAUUUGGGUCGCGUCCCGGGAGGCUCCGGUGCAAACCUUGACUCGCAGGAGCAGGCCAUGCCGAUGACAGGCGGGGCUCAACAGGGAAGUAACCAGAAACCUGCAAGUCUCCCAAAGUCCAAGAGGACUCGGGUGAUGGACGUGAUGCAGAAAGUCAACCCCUUCAAGGCUUCAUCACAGGCGCCUCCUCUCUCACAGACUCCUUCCACAGUCACUGCUGACUCAACCGAAAUGGGAACUGACUCAACACAGAAUCCGGGAAUGCUUAAAGGGAUGAUUCAGAAAGUCAAUCCGUUCAAGUCUUCAACACAGGCGGCUGACAAGGAUUCUCAGGAGGAGUCUACAGAAACCCCACAGACGGAUGGACUAGAUGGAAAACAGAAUCCCGGAAUGCUUGCGAGUGUCAUUCAGAAGGUCAACCCGUUCAAAUCAUGGCAGUCAAAGCCCGACGCAGCCUCCAGCCAAGGAAGUCCAACGGAUCUCAGCAACCUGCAUGAUAAGACGACAGAGACAGCACACGAGGAGACGGACUCUGUGCAGCAGGACGUGGCAUCGUUACCUGACUCCGAGAGGUCGGGCGCCCCUUCUGUUGGUCACGAGGAGCAUCCAAGCAACGCUGAGCCGAGCCGCCGUGCGACCGAGCAGCCAAAGAAAAGAAAGAAGACCUUCAGAAUCAAAAGAAUUCUGCCCGCUUCGUUCUUUGGCUCCGGAGCCAAGGAUUCUGAUGCUCGCACUCAGGAGGUGGAGGUGCAAACGCUGGAGAUGGCCGACUUGCCCUCGUUGGACGAAGCCGGCGCUGACGACCCGCUGGAGGAUGAAGGCGGACUCUUGGCAUGGUGGAGAACAGUUGACGGCUGGGCCGAGUGGAACGAGACCACCCAAGACCACCAGUCUGAAGAGGUGGUGGAAGAAGCGGCGGACCGUGUGUACAUGGCAGCGCGCCUGUUUGUCCGCUUGUUCAACCGGCGUGGUGCCUCGCUGCAGCAGCGCGUCUUGGCGCUGCUGGCGCUGGCCGACGCCGCCGACAACUUCCACAAGAAGACGGUUUCGGCCAGCGUGGGCGGCGGCGUGGCCGGCGUGGCCGGCUCUGUCACCACCAUCACCGGACUCAUCUUGGCCCCCUUCACGGCCGGGACGUCACUCAUCGUCACGGCCGUGGGCAUCGGCGUAGCCACGGCGGGCGGCAUCACCUCCGCCUCUGCCAACAUCACCGACACGGUGCAUUCCAAGACGGACCGCAAGAAGGUGGAGAAGAUGAUCCAGGACUACCAGGAGGAGAUGAACGACAUCAAGGAGUGUCUGCAGUUCUUGGAGGAAGGGAUGGAAACUCUGGAGGAGUGGAACUUUGAGCAAUACGCCCAGAGCAUCUCCCAGAAGCAUCUGAACCAGAACGUCAAGCACGUCAUGAAGGAGGGCGGCCGGGCCGGCAAGGCUUUGGUCAUCAACACUGAAAGCCUGAUCAACACCGUGCAGAUUCUCAGCGUGGCGGGCGGUGCUGCCAAAGCCGCUCAAGUCAUAAGUGUCACCACCGGGGUCAUGUCAGGACUCUUCCUUGCGCUCGACAUCUUCUUCUUGGCAAAGGACUCAAUGGAGCUGCGGAAGGGCGCCAAGACGGAGUUUGCCGCCAAAAUCCGAGAGGUUUGCAAGGACCUCCAGGAUGGGCUCCUGGAGCUGAACCGCAUCAAGGAAGAGUUGCAGAAGACAAUGGACGGCAUCCAGGUGGAGGAAGAGGAAGAGGAGGAUGACAUCAAGUCAGAGCUAAAGAAACUUAUUGAGCUGGAGGAGUGACCAAACCUGGCUACAGCUGCCAAGCUUUACAUUGCUUGUCUUUUUAAUUUUCUUUCAAUAAAACGGUGAUUUUUCUGA